AUGGGGAACAGUUUCUCCAGUAUCCCAGCAAUGCCUAGAGGGAACCCCAAUCGCUUCCACAGGGUCCAUCAUCAACAUCUCAAAGAUUCCAUUGGUGGGUCCUUUCCUGCUUCUUCUCAUCGAUGCCACCACAAGCAAAAGCACUGUCUACCCAUUUCACAGUGUGGGACUCUCUCGGUCAGCCCACUGCUUUUCCAUCCUCGCACCAAGGGAUCACAGAUCAUCAUGGAUACCACUCAGAAAGUGGUCAAGCGACAGGCAAGUUUCUGCAACGCCAUCACCUUCAGCAACAGGCCAAUAGUCAUCUAUGAGCAAAUUAGACUUAAGAUCACAAAGAAGCAGUGUUGUUGGAGUGGAGCUCUUCGACUGGGAUUUACGUCCAAGGAUCCCUCUAGGAUUAAUCCAGAAACUCUGCCCAAGUAUGCAUGCCCAGAUCUGGUUUCUCAAAGUGGAUUUUGGGCAAAGGCUCUUCCAGAAGAGUUUGCAAACGAAGGAAAUAUCAUAGCGUUCUGGGUGGAUAAAAAGGGACGUGUAUUUUAUCGUGUGAAUGAUUCUGCUGCCAUGUUAUUCUUCAGUGGGGUAAGGACAACUGAACCAUUGUGGGCUUUGAUUGAUGUCUAUGGACUCACUCGUGGAGUGCAACUCUUAGAUAGUGAAAUUAUUCCUCCUGAUUGCCUCCGUCCAAGAUCCUUCACAGCUAUCCGCCGACCCUCAUUGCGCAGAGAGACUGAGGACACCCGUCUAUCUGUAAGCCUUUGUGAUCUCAACUUGCAGGAGGACAAUUUCCAAGUCAUGACUGCCAUGUGUCCUAUUCCACAGAAUUCCCUCAAUUCUCAGCAUUCCCACCUCCUCCCAUCUCAACUUGAAAGCGAUCUCCGUUUCCAUCAGCUCAGGGGAGCCCAUAUUAAAAUUCUGGAUGACCACACUGUGGCUCGUCUGGACCAUGCUCGAGAUGAGAGAACUUUAGUUUUUACCAGCAGAUCGCUUAGAAUCAGUGAGACUAUAUUUGUCAAAAUCAAUAAAUCCAACACUUCACGUACUGGAACACUAUCAUAUGGGGUAACCACUUGUGAUCCUAGCACCCUGAGACCCAGUGACCUUCCUUAUAACCCAGAGUCUUUAGUUGAUCGAAAAGAGUUCUGGGCAGUCUGUAGAGUGCUGGUGCCUCUCCAGAGUGGAGACAUCUUGGGAUUCAUGGUGAAUUCAGAAGGAGAACUGCACUUGAGUCACAAUGGAGCAAAUGCAGGCAUGCAAGUAUGUGUGGAUUGUUCCCAACCAUUAUGGAUGUUCUUUGGUUUACAUGGAGCGGUGAUGCAAAUUCGUGUCCUGGGUUCUACUUUCAUGGCUGAACACCUGGGGCCAUCAGCACCAAGCUCACCCACCUCAUCUCCCAAUUCAUCUUCCAUUCUUUGCAACGAGGGUUCUGAUCCUGUCCUAUGUUUAUCUGGUUCUGGCCCACUUGGCAGCUCAAUCAGUGGUACGGCUCCAAACUCUCCAAUUAGCAUGCCAGAAUCCCCCCUUUCCUCUUCCAUCUCAGGAUCUUGGAAUGAUGAGUGUACUAUCUGUUAUGAGAAUAUGGUGGACACUGUGAUUUACUCUUGUGGACAUAUGUGUCUGUGUUAUACAUGUGGGCUCAAACUCAAGAAGAUGGCUAAUGCCUGUUGUCCUAUCUGUAGACGUGCCAUCAAGGACAUAAUCAAAACCUAUCGCAGCACUUAAAGUUGCAUGGCAGAAGGGUACGACCUAGGAAGAGGAUCUUCAUAAAACUUAACUAGGAUAAGGAAGGUGGGAGGAAGUGGUUCCCUUCUUUAAAUAUGUAGCUAAUUUUGAAUGUGGUU